UAUCAGGAAAAAAAUAUUUUUAAAAAUUCGUUUACAUUUUGGAGUAUUUGUUUGUCUUGGUGGGGGAGGAUCGAACAGAGAAGAGGAAAAAAAAUGAUAGCCGAAAAUAGGUUUAGUCUGUUACCUGAUUCAAAACCUGGGAUCCCAACCCCAACCAUUUUUCUCUCCUCCUCAGAACUUCCAUCCAAACCAAAGCCUCAAAAAUCAAAGGGUAGCCUAAGACUAAACCUUUGGUCAAGAUCUCGAUCACUACGUUCGGGUCGUAAAUUGGAGCGCCCGGUUGAAAAUCCGGCUCAGGCAGUGAUACCCGUUGAGAAAGCUCCAUUGCCGUUUCAAGCUGGUGACGGGGAGGGAGAAGAUGAUGGCCAAACACGAGAGGGAAAGUCGAUUUACAUUGUUUCUGAUGGGACCGGAUGGACGGCGGAACAUUCUGUUAGUGCGGCGUUAGGGCAGUUUGAUCAUUGCUUAGUCGAUCAGGCUUGCGCUGUUAAUACUCACUUGUUUUCUGGGGUAGAUGACAUUGAACGACUCAUAGAAAUUGUGAGACAAGCUGCAAAAGAAGGUGCAAUACUUCUCUAUACUCUUGCUGAUCCUUUAAUGGCUGAUGCUGCAAGAGAAGCUAGCCAGCUGUGGGGUGUACCAUGCACUGAUGUCUUAGGCCCAAUUACCGAGGCAAUUGCUUCUCAUCUUGGUGUUACACCUUCUGGACUUCCCCGUGGGGCAGCAGGUAGAAAUUUCUUAAGUGAAGACUACUUCAAAAGGAUUGAAGCCAUAGAGUUUACCAUAAAACAAGACGAUGGUGCUCUGCCCCAGAACUUGCUUAAGGCUGAUAUUGUCCUCACUGGUGUCUCGAGAACCGGAAAGACUCCUCUGUCCAUUUACCUCGCUCAAAAAGGAUACAAAGUUGCAAAUAUUCCGAUUGUAAUUGGUUUGGAAUUACCGAAAACUCUGUUUGAGAUACCCUCAGAUAAGGUUUUUGGUUUGACAAUUGAUCCAGUUAUUUUGAAAACAAUUAGAAGAUCACGAGCAAAGACUCUAGGCAUUGCUGGCCAUGAGAUGAUCAACUAUUCGGACAUGGAUUAUGUGAAGAAAGAUUUAGAACAUGCGGGUAAAAUUUUUGCUCAGAAUCCCAGAUGGCCCGUAAUUGAGGUGACUAGCAAAGCUAUUGAAGAGACAGCCGCUGUUAUCCUGAGGAUAUACCAUGACAGAAAGCAGAAGCGCUCGUUGCCCAGAAUUUCAAAGCGCUACUAGAGCUGAUGGAACCAUGAUCUGAAACUUCUGAUACAAGAACCGUGAUGCAGAGCAAUCUGACAAUGCUGCGUCACAUAUUCCAUGCACGUAAGCUUGUUGUCUUAUGGAUAUACUAUCUAAAUGUCCAUUUAUCUUCAACAAGUGUUGUAUGAGACUGUUUCACUAUAAAAUGAGCCUGUGAUCUCUUUAACAUAUCACUUUAAAACUGUAAGUGUAUAUUUAGACCAGCACAAUAGAAAUUGUCUUAUCGUGAGAUGAGAAAUUAAAUUGUUUUCUUGAA